AUGCUGAUCAUCAGGCCCGAAGCUCAAUUUCUGGUCGCUUUCUCAGACGGAACAGUUGUCGGAGAGGUUAAUGCGCAGCUGAAUAAAGCACUCACUAGCAUUGCGGAACAAGGUUAUGAGCCUGACCUCGAAGUUUUUGCCCCGAUAAGAGCUAUUCAGGACACUAUAGGUCGGGCUAAAAGAGAGAAAGAAGCUGUAAUUCGGGUUCAAGUGAACGUGUAUGGCCCGCCAGCAGCGGCUAACGAGAUUGGAAGAGAGCUCUCUCAACACAAGCUUUACCUCCAGCGUCCUGCAUACGUCAAAGACGGCACUAGAUAUAGCAACCCUCAUAUGCUCACGCUACCUGAGUUUGAGAACUCAAUGACGGUGACAAGGCCAUCACUAGAAGAGACUGUACCCGAAAAGCCAAGCCUGCAGACGUUCAAAAACACGAUUCAAGACGUAUACUCAUCACUAACACGAGAUCGUGAUCUGAGUGGACUGGAAGGUGACGAGCGCCUUCAUACCACACUCUUAUUACAUCAAAAGACAGCGCUUGCUUUUAUGAUGCAGCGCGAAGAUGGUCCAAUACCAGAGAAAUAUGCGCUGUGGAAAGCUACUGAAGAGGAAGGAGUACAAUGCUACCGGCAUGCAGUCUCGAACGCGCGUUGUAGGCUCUUUCGCAUGUUCAAGCCGGAGGAAACGGGCGGUGGUAUCCUCGCAGAUGAGAUGGGAAUGGGCAAGACCCUCUCUAUAUUGGCCCUCUGGUUUCAAGAACUAGACAAGCACUUCGACGAGUCUUCCCGUAGAGUUCUGAAAGCCAUCAAGUAUCAUGGUCCUCAUCGACACGCCCCGACAGACAGGUUCCUCGAAGCGGAUAUUGUCAUCACAACUUACCAUACGCUCGCGUCAGAUCUCACCGGAACCAAAGGUGUGCUAAGAGACAUAGAGUGGUAUCGCCUUGUGCUUGAUGAAGCUCAUAUCAUAAGACGGCAGUCCACGGUACUGUAUCGUACCGUAGCUGAACUCUCAGCUCGAUCGAGAUGGUGUCUCACUGGCACACCUAUACAAAACCGCCUCGAGGAUAUCGGCUCGUUGUUCGCCUUCCUGAGAAUCAGCCCGUUCCACAGCUUGUCAACCUUUCGCAAAUGCAUCGCUAUACCCUUCGAUGAAGGCAGUAAAAGACGAAACAUGGCAAUCGAACGCUUCACACGCCUGUUAGACUCAUUGUGUCUUCGCCGGACCAAAGAUGUACUUCAUUUGCCAGACGAAAAACAUCGUGUAAGGAGGAUACAUCUAUCAUCAGAAGAGCAGGCUCAAUACAAGCACACUUAUGACAUCAUGUUUCGGACGAUCAAGAACCAGAAUGGUGUUUUUGAUCAGAAGAGCACGUUAGGCAUGUUCCAGGUACAACUUCAACUACGUAUUAUCUGCAAUCAUGGCACUUGGCAACAACCGUUUUCCUGGAAUCGGCGCAAAUUGCACCUUCUAGAUGAAAGAGAGGCUGUGGAGGCGUCGUUAGGAAGAGACGGCGAGAUCACCUGCUCUGCGUGUCGACAGACGUUGCCUCUUUUUAAUACUGGUACGAUGUUCCGUCGCUACACGGAACAUUGUCGGCACGUACUGUGUAUGGAGUGUCUUUCAACAAGCAUGACGAGUGAUCAGGAAAGUUUGCCUAGCAGGUGUCCCCUCUGUCAACCACUUUGGGACGCUGACUCUGGAGCGCCGCGCUCCAAUCACGCGUCACAAGAGGAUACCUACUUUCGACCCAACGGGCGAUCCUCGAAGAUGGAGUCUUUGAUGGAAGAUGUUUCCGUUGAUGUAUGGAACACAAAAAGGUACUUGCGAUAG